AUGAACACUGGAUGGCAACCAGCAGACUCACCGUUGUGGACAAUCUUUGCUUCAGAUGUGUCACCAUUGACCAUUGCCAACAACACGGCGUAUCCACGUCCCAUGAUGGCGCGGCGUCAAAAUUGGCAUUCACUCAAUGGUAUUUGGCAGGUUGAUUUCACAGUGCCCAAUUUGGAUUCUGCUCCGUUUGGUCAAUCACUGGACUAUGAAAUAUUGUUGCCGUUUCCGGUGGAGUCCCCCUUAUCUGGAAUCAGGAAAAACACUCAGCAUGGUUAUAUGUGGUACCGCCGUGAAUUGACUUCAGACGACUGGCUGAGUUGUGAUGCCUCCACUGAAAGAACCUUGUUGCAUUUUGAAGCCAGUGACUGGAAUACCACUGUCUUUGUCAAUGGACAGCUUGUGGGGGAUCCUCAUUUGGGUGGAUAUGAUCCAUUUUCAUUUGACAUCACGGAUUUUCUGCUACCACCGGAGAAACCCACUGAAAUUGUGGUAGGAGUCCAUGAUCCAACGCAACACGGCGUCUUCAACAAUGCAAUCGGGAAACAAGAUUCCACAAAACUCCAGAACCCUUCAGGACUCUCCUACACUUCCACUAGUGGGAUCUGGGCAACAGUAUGGAUGGAAUGCGUUUGCUCUUCUGGAUACAUUCGAGAUUUACAGAUUGACACAUCCGAUACAAACCACAGACGCAUCAAGAUUGAUGUGGAUGCUGUUUUCCCUGGCAAUCAAAAGAAUGGCAACAACUUCUUAGUCAGAGCCAUUCUUUAUUCUUCCACUAAUGAUGGAUCUGAACCAGUGACGUCUGCUACAACACAUGCUGGAAGCUCAAUCAUUACCUUGAAGUCUCCUGAUGGCAUUUCGUUUCGCCGAUGGACUCCCACCAAUCCUUACCUUUACAAUUUACAGGUGGAUUUGUUGGUCACCAAACAAGACAAUGCUGAUACUACAGUGGUUGUGGAUACAGUGACCAGCUAUGUAGGAGUCAGAACCAUCCAUCUGGGACACACAGCAACAAACAAUACCACGCACCCAAGCUUGCUCCUCAACGGACAGCCCAUCUUUCAACUGGCUACAUUGGAUCAAGGCUUUAGUCCUGAUGGCAACUAUGCGUAUGCCACAGAUGAAGCCAUGGCCUUUGAUAUCAAGGCUCACAAGCAGUUGGGAUUCAACACCAUUCGAAAGCACGUUAAGAUGGAAUCGAGGAGGUGGUACUAUCAUUGUGAUCGACUUGGGAUACUGGUGUGGCAAGAUUUGCCCUCUCGAACAACCUUUUUGCAAAGGACAACAGGCUGGAAGUCAUGGUGGAACGAAUCUUCCAGAGCCUUAAGAGCUCGUCGCAACCAUCCUUCCAUUGUACAAUGGAUUGCAUUCAACGAAGGAUGGGGUCAAGAGUAUCCUCCUAGUCCCAACCUUACCAAAACCAUUGUCCAAGCUAUCCAAGAGAUUGACUCUACUCGGCUAGUAACGGAUGCCAGUGGUGGACGGAAUGUGUGUGCCAACGAUACCAACAAUGGUGAUGUCAAUCACUGGGUUGGAGGGUGUGUGGGGCAUGUCACGGAUGCCCAUGUGUAUUGUCCACCCGACCAACUUGUCGACAAGUUGCAAAAGAUUGCCCGACAUCACAAGAACACCAACAUGGCGUAUGUGCUGGGAGAAUUCGGGGGAGUCCUGCUGAAGUCACUCGGACAUGAAUGGGCUCCUGACAGGUCGCAUGGGGGAUCACAGGUGAAGACCCAUGGGGAGCUUGAGGAGCUUUACCACGCCUUCGCUGAAGCGAUUAUAGUCUCCAUUGAUGAGAUGGGUUUAUCGGGUGGGGUUUACACGCAAAUUACUGAUGUAGAAACAGAAUGCAACGGGCUACUGACAUACGACAGGAUUAUGAAGGUGGAUCCUGCUGCCAUUGCUGCAUCCAAUGCAAAGGUCAUUCAACAUUUUCAGGAACACGUGGCGUCGAGGCGGCCCCCUUCUCAAGGCGAGUCCAGUGUCGUUGAAAGCUAG